CUGUCAAUACGGUGAAGAAAUGCAGUGUUUGGUGCAGCGGGCGCAGUGAGUGGGGCUUCACGAAAUCCUUGCGUGUUUUUUAAAGGUGGGAAAUGCCCUCGCUCCAGAAGUACAGGUUUAUUCGCCAGUACGCCGCAGAGAACGUGCGGCUUUGAAGACAGCGGAGUGGGCAAAGCGCUCGCUAGCCGUCGGCCAUUUAGAUAAAACUGGGUUCGUGGACAGAAGAAAGCAGACAACAGGAUCUGGACACGUUUACACAGACCUAUGAGACUGUUCUCAGGUGAGAGAUGGAUGUGAGAGAGGUGUAUGUGGUGGCCGGAAGCUUCGUGGGGUUUCAGCUGUUCUUCAAGUGCGUCAGUCCGGUUCUGUCUUCCAACUUCACGCAGGGUUAUGGGAAACUUCCUCCAAACAAACUCAACGACUGGAACUCCAGGCUUGUGUCCACAGUCCAUGCAUUAAUUGUGGGGCUGUUCUGCCUCUAUAUCCUCUGGUACGACGACGCCGUCAAUGAAGACCCCAUCUGGGGUGAUCCGAACAUGGUUAAGCUCAAUGUGGCCAUCACCUGUGGAUACCUGUUCUAUGACCUGGUGCUUCUAGCUUGUAACUGGAGUACCAUGGGCGAUGUGUUUUUUGUCUGUCACCACUUGGCGGCGCUGUAUGCUUAUGGAUUUGUGCUGACACGUGGAGUGCUUCCUUAUUUUGCAAACUUCCGACUGAUUUCAGAAUUGUCAACGCCAUUUGUGAAUCAAAGGUGGUUUUUCGAAGCGUUAGCUUACCCUCGUACUCACCCGCUGGUUGUCGCCAACGGCGUUGCCAUGGCAGUCGUGUUCUUCCUCGUGCGGAUCGCCGUGAUGCCUCCCUACUGGGCAAAAGUGUUUGGCACCUUCGGUACGCCAGCGUUCGAAAGGCUUGGUCUGGCAGCUCAGGUGGCCUGGAUCGUAUCCUGCGUUUGCUUGGAUAUCCUAAACACAAUCUGGAUGUACAAAAUCGCCCGCGGCUGCUACAAGGUCAUUACCGGCAAGCUAAGAGGAGGCAAAGGGGACUCCAAAAAGACCAAUUACAUGAACAACCACACAGACUGAGAAUCAUCCGCGAUCAUGACAGAUUAGAUUAGACGUAUUCUCUUCCCAGAAUAUAGCAACUUCUGAGUCUUUAUAUUGCACUCUGGAUGGAUGUGCUCUCGAAACAGAGGUUAAGAGGAGAGAGUUUCAUCAUCCCAGUGUGGUUUUAACCUCUACUUCAUGUACAGACACUCUGACUUGACCUACACCGGUGAAAGUCAAGCCGAUAAACUAACCUGCUAUGCCUCAAACACAACCAAAGUGCCUCCAAGCACAAGGAGAAGCAAUAGAACAUGAACAUGUGAGCUUGUGACCACGAAAAGUCCAUCAGAUCUCCAUCAAAGCCUUAGCCAGUCAGUACCCAUGCAUGUUUUUCUCGAAACCAAUCAUGGUUGCUUUGGGAGCCGUGUUUCCUGUGAUAUUUACACUGAUGUGCCUCAGUGAACAACAUCCUAAACUUGUUGCGCAUUUGGUCGGAAGUGCUCAUCAACUUCACUCAAUCUUACGUCAUUGUCAAGUCUCCGGGAAACCUCAGAUCUACCUCUCACACCGUGUCAAGCACAAGAACGAACACCGUUUGGACUUGAGGAACAUCUUGAAAAGUCCACAAGAAUCAAACACUCGCAGCCUUUGCUUUUAUAGUGCAGACUUCUAGAACUCAUCUUGUGUUGCACAUCAAAAGAGUGAAAGGUGGUUUCCUUUAGCAAAUACCUGUGUGCAUGCUUCAAUUCUGACCAUGUGAGGUCACAUUUUUUGCAUUAGAUUGGAGGAAACUGCAGUGCUUUAUCCAUUUCUCAGGUUCUAGCCUUUUCUAGAGCCCUCCAUUUUCUCCAACAUGCUUAAGGUGCAUCACAUGCACAGGUUUUGUUCUCACCAAGCAGAUUAUUUAAACAUUCAACGCCUCAAGGCUUGAUGGGAACUGGUGCAAAUUCACAUCUCAGUCCUGUUUUUUUCUUGGUUCUGUCAUUUUCUUCCUGCCAAAUUCUUUUUUUUUUUAGCUUGUUGGUCACCAGAACUUCCAGCCUGACGUUUAGGCUUUUGUCAUGAUUGAAUGAAUGCUGUUGUGAUUCUCUUGAAUGUGACUUCCUGCUGGGCAUGUCAACCCAUGUUGUGUUGCGCUGUGGCAUUACGAUACAGUAUAUAUGUGUGUGUAAAAACAUAUGCAGUACUUAUUCCUGCCAAGUAUUUGACAAGACUAAAUCCCUCUGUAGUCAGAGCCACUGUUUCUCUUCUGAAGUUCAGGUACACUUUGAAAAUGAAUGAUAUUUUGAAUGAUAAUGGGAGAUGAUUGUGGGAUAUGUCGUAUUUUGCCUUAUAUCCAUAAUUCGAAAUAGCCAAAUCAUCCUCCAGGCCUUGAAUAUGUGAAGCUGUGACAAUAGAAAUAUAUUCGGGUGUUGUUUUGGAGAACAAAAUGGCCAACUGGUCAUGUAAUUAUUAUAUGUAUCUAGAAUGUCUGAAAUGAGCUGCAAUCUUCGUGUUUAUGGAAAUGCAAAGGAGGUUAGGCUUUAUGGUACGUCAUCCACACAACCGUUGCACAAUCGAAAUGCCAUUGUGGCAUUGAUAUUGUAAUAUUUGUAAUUUUGAAGGGCUGAUCGAAAUUCAAGUUCAUCUACUGGACAAAAUUGAUUGGCGAUACUCAAAAUAAUAAAUUUGAUUGGCAAAAAUGGUUCAAUAUUCAUAAAAACUGACAUUUCUCUACAGUUAUUGAUUGUUUUCUGUAGAAUGGUCACCUGUUGCUAUGUAAGCUACAACAUUUGAGUAUAUGAAAUAAUAUAGUAAGUAUAGAUAGGACUGUACUAGUAUAAAGCAGCUAUAGAGUUAACACAAAACUAACUUUAGUACCUUGCCUUGCCUCAGAUUAGCUUAAACUCCUAUGUCAUUGUGGAUUCAAGGGUGGAAGAAUGUGAAAAAAAGGCUAUAUCCAGGAUAAACUUAGUAGAUGGGGUUCCCCAUAUCAAACGUCCCAUUGGAUUUUAUUGGUACACUGUUUACAAAGACCUUUGUAAUAAUCUGUGCCGCACUUGCCUGCUCUCGUUUGGAUCAAUCCUCACGUAGAGCAGAUAGACCAAGACAAAAGUGUUUUUUGUGAUCACAAAGAGCCCCAAAUUGUUUGUCAGUGUUUUAAGCUCGUGGUUUUAAAAAUGAGCAGUCACCAACUAAAUUAUAUGGAUUUAUUUAGACAUUUUAAAUUGCUUUUAAAUAUUUGUUUCUGGUGAUUACUAAGGAGCAAUAAUCUAUGAAAGGAUGACUAGACAGUCUCUUCUACCUGUCCAAAUGUUUAGACGGAUUUUUAAUUUGUUCUUAUGCUGUCGGCUUUUGUUCAGACAGCCUGGUAUUCAAUGGAAUUAUUUACUACGUGCAAUUUGGUGACUAGCCCAAUGCCAGUAUUGAAUCUCUAUGUAUGUGUAUAUACUUUCAGUCUUGAAGAAGUCACUUUUAAGAAGAGUCUCCGAUCUCUUGAUUUGAUCAAUUUUACCUUUUUUUUUUUUCUUUCUUUCUUUUAACAAAUUACUGUUGUGGAUCCAAUCAUCUCUGGAAAUUUUAAUGUGAAAAUCGACACCCAACAGAGGCCUUAGAGCCCCUGUAUCUGUACACUUUGAAACUGAUGGAUGAUAUGACCACUAAUGAUAAUAUUGUCCAAAUAGCAGUCAAAGAGAGAAAUGGCAGAUUAAUAAAUGUGAGAUGAUAAAAAGCAG